UUUCAAAUCAGUCUUGGAUUCGGUGCUGGUCGCUCUUCCUGAGUUUUAUUUUGUUUUUAAUUGUAAAUAAUUGUAAGCUGUAAAUAACAACAUGGAGUUUUUAGAUGCGCCGAUAAUUUUUCCAGCUUCCCCCAACAAGACGAAGGGUCAAAUUCAGGUUAUAUUUGGACCAAUGUUUUCUGGAAAAAGCACAGAGCUGAUGCGAAGGGUACGGCGCUUCCAGAUUGCCCAGUACACCUGCUUGGUGAUCAAAUAUGCCAAAGACACUCGUUACUCUGACAAAGGAAUGGCUACACAUGACCGCAAUACGAUGGAAGCCGUGCCAGCUAGUUGUCUCAGAGAUGUGUGGUCACUGGCCCAGCAGGCAUGCGUUAUCGGUAUCGAUGAAGGACAGUUUUUUCCAGACACUGUUGAAUUCUGUGAGGAAAUGGCCAACAUGGGGAAAACUGUUAUUGUUGCAGCUCUUGAUGGAACAUUUCAGAGAAAGCCUUUUGGUAACAUCCUAAACCUGGUCCCCUUGGCUGAGAGCGUGGUGAAGCUGAAUGCUGUGUGUAUGCAGUGCUAUAGAGAAGCAGCCUACACCAAGAGACUCGGAGCUGAGAAAGAGGUGGAAGUGAUCGGAGGGGCGGAUAAAUACCACGCAGUGUGCAGAGCCUGUUAUGGAGGCCUGAUGUCGAAUAAGGAGAACUAUGCCCCCAAGAGGGAUGAGACACCCUCUCAGUCUCGGACAGGAAGACAGUUGGACCCUGGUGCACCACGCAAGCUCUUCGCCAGCCUUCAUUUAUGAGCUGAUCUGAUACGCAGUUCUAGUAGGAAUUAAUAUUUAAGAAUUUAAUGCAUCAGCUACAAUAUUAAGCAAUGGCUGUUACAUUUUACUGGCACAUAAAUUAUAUUAGUAACCAAAAUCAUCUCAUUUAUAGUCAUUAAAAUGAUAUUAAGCAAUCGUGUGUUGCUAAGCAAUUAUUUAAUGAGAAAUAACUUAAAAACCUAAUGGCUUAAUUUGGUCUUCCAAUAAAAAAAUUUUCACAAUAGUGUCAAAUGUAUGUCGGUGUACAGUACUGUAUUGUGUGUGUGUGUGUGUGUGUGUGUGUGUGUGUGUGUGUGUGUGUGUGUAUAUAUAUUGUCCUUAAAUAUUUUAAUAAACAUGUUUUGUUUUUAAAAA